AUGAAAUCGAGAUCCUAUGUAGGACCCGUUACCUCGUUGGCAUUCUUCGGGGAUGACCUCCUCGUUGGCCACGGGUUGGAGCUCAAGUUCUUUAUGCUUUCGAAUUCUCAGCCUUCAUUACAGUGGAGGAAACGAAUUUUCAAGAGAGAACGGAUCCAAGGCAUUCAGCUUAGCUCGCCUACCCAGAAUGAAGGGCCAGCAUCGAAUGCUAAUGUGCUCCUUUGGGGUGGUAAAAGAUUCCGGAUCAUUCAUCUGGCUGAUCUUAUGGACCCGAGCUUUAACAUUAAGAUUGAGGAUGAAAUACCGGCCCCAGAUUGGAUUCUACACUCAGUUUUCUUAGAACCUGAUGGCGACGUCCCAAGGAUAGCAAUGAUGACAGCCCACAAUACAAUUUUAACAUACAGACAUGAGCAAAGUAUCGAGUUGGCUUCCAGGUACAGAUGGUACCCAAGCCCGGAGCGGUGCUUGCUCUACUCAGCGACACUUUUUCGAGACUCCACAACCCAGACGACCAAUGAUCUCGUGGCCAUUGCUGGAACAGUGUUUGGCGAGGUAUUAUUAUGGAAAUUAGACACUUCACAGGAUAAAGUUCCUGAGAAAGUCGAGUUGUCCGCUAGAUAUCUGUCUCAUGAGGGAUCAGUCUUCGGGGUUUCUAUAUCUCCAGACUUUUCGUAUGCUGCGAGCUGCAGCGACGACCGUACAAUCAGGCUAUGGAAUAUCAAGGCGGAUAUUGUUGGCUUAGAAGGUUGCCGCGAAGUCAAAGAGCCUUUAGCUAUCGGAUGGGGUCACCAAGCGAGAAUUUGGGGCGUAAAGUUUCUGCAGGCCGAGGAAGGAUAUGUCCGGAUAAUCAGUUUCAGCGAGGAUCUAACAGCCAAAGUAUGGUCUAUGAGACUUGACGGACCGAACCCUCUUAUUUGCACACAAACUUUUAAGAACCUCCAUUCUGCAAGCGGGAAAAACAUAUGGAGCCUAGCAAUACACCCUUCCGAACGGCAUUUUGUUACUGGAGGUGCGGAUGGUGGGAUUGCAUCAUGGAAAAUCUUAGAGGAUGUGCGAGAGACGCCUGCUAUCAAGGAAACCAUAGCCAACCUCGAAGAAAUCCUUCCACCACCACAAGCCUCGGGAGGGAAGUCUAUUAAAGAUGAGCCCAGGAAAUACGUCGCACUUGGGAGUCGUUCUUUUAUCGUCGCUAUGUCUUCGGGCUGGCUACUACAUUGUAAUUUGUCUAAGCCUAGCACCGAGUGGCAGAAAGUCGGCUUUUGGCCACAGAUUAAAAAUCUUUCAGCGAUGGGGGCGGGGAGGUUUGAGACUGACGGAACAUACAAUCACCUCGUUGCCCUAGGUGAUAAUACCGGGAAAGUUCUACUCCAGACCUGGCACCGCUAUCUACCAGCUACACCCACCAACCCACCAGAUCAAGAUUGGAUACAAAUCUGUGACACCCGACCUUCUGACAUAUUUUUCAGCCACUGUCAGAACAAAAAUGAUACACAUAGUGUCUAUGCUGCUGUUACAACCUUUAAACCCGAUACCCCCAUCCAACUACUCAGAAUCAAUGUUGAGACAGCAGAAAAGCCAUUCAUAGCACAAUCGUGGUCAUUGAUACCGCCAGAAACCUUCCCUUCCACAGCAAUUCUUGUCUACACUUGUGGAGGGAGAGUAUUUUGCUUCGCGGGCUCCCGACAUGGCGCAUUCGCGCUUUACAGUCUGACAUCAGAUGAUACUAGUAUUAAAUCUCUGAAAAUUUGGCGGCACGUUCAUGACGACGAAUCAAUAACAUCACUAGGCUUGAAAGGAGACCCUUCACAGAUCGAUGUCAAUACAGGGGCAGCUUCUUCUGUUGAGUUGCUUCUUACAUCAACGGGCCGUAGCGGUGCCUAUAAAUUCCAUAAAGUUUUCAUAAAUACGAAUACACAAGAGUACGAGCUAGUCGAACUAAAUGCAGUUUAUCCAGCCGCCGUCCCGAGGGUAGAAAACUACCGAAAAUUCACGACCAGCCCGAACGGGGGCUAUGAAAUUAUUUACGGUUUCAGAGGUCGUGACUUUGUUCUUUGGAAUCAAACACUCGGACUAGAAGCAGCCAGCUAUGAUUGCGAAGGUGGGAAUCGGAGUUGGGAUUUCAGCUUCGGUGCAGAUGAGGAUACCCAAAGCGAAGGACUUUUCGUAUUCACCAAAUCUAAAAGGUGCUAUAUUGUGGAGUUCAAACAAAUACUCCACAAUCCGCUGUUACAAACACCAUUCCACGGAAGAGAAGUCAAAACUCUUGCUAUCUCGUCUCAAGGGAUCAUAGCGACUGGUGCCGAAGAUACGAUUAUACGACUAUCGUCGCUAGAUCAGGAAACGAAUCAAUUAUUACCAUUGACAUUCCGAAAAACACACACAACUGGACUUCAGGAUCUUGUUUGGUCACCUUGCGGCGGCUGGCUGUUCUCAUCUGGGAGUGUAGAAGAAGUCUACUGCUGGAAAAUAAACACAGAAGCCAAGAUUCAAUCAGGAACGGUUGGUAUGCUACAGGAGGCAGUAUACGAAGUUAGCACCGAGAGUCUCCCAGAUUUGAGGGUCUGUGGACUCGACGCUGCUGCUGUAUACACCGAAAAGGGCGACCAUUACGGGUUCUUAGUCGGCAUGGUCCGUUCGGAUUCCUCCAUAAAAUUAGCGUUAUAUGAUAUCGCAGAAAAGAAGUUUACGACUAUAGCUGAGGGCCACUACAAAACCAGCUGUUUACUUCAGAUACGGUUUCACCUUACGACUUAUGGGGGCAUCUUGAUGCUAACGGCAGGAACGGAUGGACACGUUACAUUCUGGGAUAUUACACAGACAAUGGUUGUUUGUGGCGUAUCGGCCAAAUCAUCAACUGGAUCGAAUUUGGUAGCGUUAUCGUUAAAAGAUCCCCAAGUAUCGGCCUCGGUACCCGAAAAACUGAGAACCGAUCAAUGGAUCCUGUCGCAACCUGUUCACCAGAACAGUAUCAAAGUUCUGGAAUUAUACAACCUAGAAGGGGAUGAGAUUUUGAUGUUGACAGGAGGUGACGAUACUGCAAUAUCUGUCUCGAGAAUCAAAUGCAAAGAAAAUCCUGAAAAGAUGGGUACUAUGAUUAAUGAAAUUACAACUAAGUUGUUGGCAAGAGCACAUGCGUCUGCAGUAACAGCACUUGCUCCAUUGAGCAGCACACUGUCGGUGGUAGACCAUAAAGAACAAGGAAUCGAAUUCCUCAGUUCUAGCGUGGACCAACAAGUGAAGCGGUGGUGCAUUAAACUCAAUGAUGGAACAGCUAUAGAAAGCGUCGAAGUUGUAGAAGACAUAUAUGUCAGCGUUCCCGAUGUCUCGUCCCUCGCGCUUAUUGGCACAGGUGGUAAGGACCGGAGGUUAGUGGUAGGCGGGGUUGGAGUUGAAGUUUUAGAGUUAUAA